AUGAACAACCGGGGUAAAGGGACUAGAGGUCAGUCAAGUUCUCAAGCAAGACCAAUGGAGGAUCCCAGAGUGAAUGGAGUCUUGAGAGCCCUUGAGGCGAUUGGACAGUUAAUGGGACAACAGGCUCAAGAACGAGUUGCUGCUGCGAUUGUUGCUGCCGAGGCUGCUGCCGUUGCCGCUCAAGAUAAUCCGGGGAAUGGGAAUGGAAAUUGUCAGAUGCAUCAAGUGGUAGAACAGUUUCUGAAACUUAAGCCACCCAAGUUCAAUGGAAAGGGUGAUCCCGAGCCUGCCACCCUUUGGGUUGAGGAGUUGGAAAAGGCUUUUGAACUUCUAGGGUGCACGGAGGAGGAAAAGGUGGCAGUGUAUCAACUCCAAGGUAAUGCAAGUGACUGGUGGAAGGCCACCAGAGGUAGAAUCUUUCCGGAAGGCAUGGUUCAGAACUGGGAUGCCUUUGUCGAGGCCUUUAACGUGAAGUACUUCUCUAAGAAUGCACAAGAAAAGAAAAUGGCAGAAUUUAUACGGCUUCGUAAGAAUCAGAUGACCGUGGAUCAGUAUGAGGCAGAGUUUGCAAGGCUGUCUAAGUUCGCACCAAGAAUGGUCGAGAACCAUGUAGACAAGGCAAGGAGAUUCCGGGAUGGUCUGAAACCGAAGCUCCGUAGUCAGUUGAUACUCCUAAACCUAAGGGAUUACAAUGAACUUUAUGAGAGGGCUCAAAUUGUUGAGAGGGAUAUGACUGAAAGGGCUGCCGCAUCUGGAUCGCGGUACGCACAGACUAGAGACAAUCGUAAUUUUGGAAAGAAGCCUAUGGUUGGCAAUAGACGAUUUGUCCCUCCUAUUAGAAAGAAUAUUGGGAAGUCGACAUUCUACUCUAGUGCCCCGUGUCGAUCUUGCGAGAGGAGGCAUGAGAAUGGCCCUUGCCUUGGCAGGAAUGGAGCGUGUUAUGGAUGUGGCCAACAUGGUCACCAAGUGAAGGGUUGCUCGAAUUGA